AAAGAAUGCAAACAAAAUGGCGUAAAGGUAAAUAAAUAUCCGAAUGAAAAAGUGACAGAUAUAUUUCGGAAAAAAUGAGGAGAUUGUUAUUCCUUUCUGUUCUGUUGUCGACUUUGGUAUUUUUUGGAAACGCGCAGAAUCUGUAUUUUAAAAAUGGACCAGUGGUAGUGAACGUAGAUGAAGGUCUAGAAAUCGAAAGUAAACUGGGCUUGGUGGAAUGUGCCCUCAACACGACUGGUGUGAAUCCAUUUACAACGGAAGUACCCUUUAAAUAUAAGAUCACGCUGGUCAAAGUGAAUGAAAAUGACCUAUGCGGUGGGGAUGGACAAUGUUUUAGUAUUAGAUCUCAAGAUGACAGUGCUGCACAACCUUUGUACUUCAUCUACCACUAUCCGUUCAACACACAGAGGCUGAUGUACGCCGUACGUAAUACCUACACAUUAGACAUAACCUGCGAAGAUAAUCUCAGUAAUACUUUGAAAGGACAGGCAGAAGUGCGAGUGAUUCCAAACAUGCCGCCUGUUUUUGUGACCAAAAGUGGAGAGUCCGUAACAUUUUCUGCAGCAGAUCUUACAGCUGGGACCUUAGUGUUUACUGUAUCGGCAAAUGACCCAGAGAAUAAUCCACUGGAAUAUAGUCUCACCGACGGGAGCGGCAAGUUUGCGAUAGAUGAACAAACGGGGCAGAUUCGAGUACUUGAAGGCUUUGAAGGCCUCUGUAACGGAACCUCGAAGUUCACCUUCCAAGUAACAGUAAAGGACCCAUACCAUAUGAAUUUGAUACCCAUCAACAUAGAUCUCAACAUUGAUUACCCAAAUCAACCAAGUCUUAUAGGAGCAAACCAAGAAAUCACUGUUUCAGAAACCGAUCCUGUGGGCAUGUACUUUCAUUCAUUUAAUGUAUUCGAUGGUACUCUAGCAAUUGACGUGGAAAACCCCAUCACUCCAGCCAGUAUUGCCAGUAAAUUUGUCUUGCAAAGUGAUGUUAUGCGGAUCACCGAGCAGUUUAAUUUUGAAGAAGCUUCUUCGGGCAACAUCUCCCUCGUGGUGACCAACGGAGUGUGUAAGAAGCUAUACUUUUUGGUCAUUAAAGUGAAGGAUGAGAACGACCCUCCCACACUCUUUCCUAAGAUACAGACUGGUAUUGUGGAAGAAGGUCUUAUUCAGUAUGACAUGCAAUCCUUUGUGGACGAUGAAGACGUUUCGGACAGCCACACCUACAGAAUCCUCAAAGCGACUGAAGGCACGGUAGUCAUCACAGACAAGUUCACCAUCGAUAACAAUGGUCUGAUCACCUCCAGAGGAGAUUUUGAUCUGGACAGCUUGAAUCUUAACUCUCGUACAGUGGUCUUUGAUGUGGAGGUCAUGGAUCCCGGAGGACUCACGGAUACUGGUCAGGUGACCCUGAUCAUCAACAACGCCAACGACAAUAACCCCAUCAUAUCGACCACUACCAUUUACAACGAUCAGAUUAUGGACUGCUCGGGACCGAUGCAAAUUGGAAGCAUUGCUGCAACAGACGCAGACUUUGGCACCAACGGUGAUAUCAUCUACACUGCGACUUCAAGCGGUCCACUGUCAGUAACUGCCGAUGGAAGCAUUUUCGUGACAUCUGCAAUUGCUGCAGGAUCAACCCAUCAGCUGACAGUCAAUGCAGAGGAUCUGGGAAAUCCUCCACGGGAAAGCAGCGUACCAGUAACCAUUACCGUAGUCGGACAACCAUGUACAACUACGACCACGACACUCGCACCAACUGUUAACAUCAACGUUAGCAUCAGUACUAACAACUCCAAUAACAACAAUAAUAACAACAAUAACAAUAAUCAAAAUACCGUUGUGGCAAGUGUCACAACGCCAGCCACUGUGGCCACCCCCACACUUUUGGACAAUUCUCUGAACCUUAUUUGGAUAGUAUUGCUAGCAGUGCUUGGACUCUUGUUACUUCUAUUGUUGCUGUACCUCCUGUGGAAGUUCUGCUUCCCGCUAUGUUGUCCUGGUGUUUGUGGCGUGGGUGAAGCCCAAGCUGGUGGUCCAUGUGGAACGGAUAGUUUCUGUGGACGAUGUUGUAGCUGUUGUAGGCAAGAGCCUCCCAGGGCACCAAGAGUACGAGGUGAAGGUGACAUCCAUGAUUUCUGGCAAGAACAUUACCAAGAACAAGAUUAUCAAACGACUUACCACAGAGGUGAAGUUCCAAAACCAGCACCCCAUGAACUGGGAUAUCUGAGAUACAAUUAACUUAUGCCUCUUCAUGAGUUCUCUUGACCCAUUGGCAAACUUAAAAGAUAUGGUAUAUCUGGAUAUAUACCUAUCCAUAGGGCCAAUAAGCUGGAAUUGGGAUUAUCAGCUAGUUCAAAUACCUAGGCAACAGUAUAUCUUUAAAUAAGACAUUUGUGAUAACGUUUAUGUGAUAAAAUUUUUACCAAAUAAAUCAAAUUGUUUUCUU